UUCACCUUGCCCUCGUAUUAUUAUUUGCCUCUUUAUUCCGCUUUCCUCCUUUUGGCUUCGUCGCCUUCCCUCAGAUUCUCUCUAUCCCCCUCUAGCUUGAUCAGAUCCAUCUCUAAUCGAUCCAUCGAAAGCAAAAUUGUAUACUCACCAUGACGCUUGGCUCCGGAGGAUCGAGUGUCGUGGUCCCUCGAAAUUUCAGAUUGCUUGAGGAACUUGAACGUGGAGAAAAGGGUAUUGGAGAUGGUACUGUGAGUUAUGGAAUGGAUGAUGGAGAUGACAUCUACAUGCGUUCGUGGACAGGCACCAUUAUUGGUCCUCAUAAUUCUGUACAUGAAGGUCGGAUUUAUCAGCUGAAGCUUUUCUGUGAUAAAGAUUACCCAGAGAAGCCACCAAGUGUUCGUUUCCAUUCUCGGAUCAACAUGACUUGUGUCAGCCAUGAAACUGGAGUGGUGGAACCAAAGAAGUUUGGGAUUCUGGCAAAUUGGCAGCGAGAGUACACCAUGGAAGAUAUACUGACGCAGCUGAAAAAGGAGAUGGCGGCUCCGCAUAAUCGGAAGCUAGUCCAGCCUCCUGAAGGUACCUAUUUCUAGUUGUGACGAUUAUUAUAGAUUUCGUGGAAUAUGUUGCAUAGACUAUGCAAUAUAGAGUUUGUAAUGCUGUGUCAGUCCUGUCCGAGUUAAAAGCAUCGUGGGAAUGCCGUGAAAAAGCAUGCUUCUAUCACCUCUCAAUGUAUUCUGGAUCUUUGAACUGUGUUGCAGGGAUUCUGUUCAAUUUAAAGGAUUUAUUGUGUGCCAAUAUUGAAUAUAUGCCCUAAUUAGUGUUGCAGUUCAUGUUUUCCUU